GGGGGUCCCCGGGUGCCAGCGCACGGCGCGGCCUCGUCUUUCCCCAAGCCACCCCUUCCCCCCGCGGUAGGAUGUGGUGAGGGCUGGGCCCUGCCCUGGCGGGCGUGGCGGCGGGCCCAAGGUUGCAGGGAGACUUCAUUUUAUGGCAGGUUCAGGCACUUCUUGGACAUCAUCGAUCCACGCACUCUCUUUGUUACUGAGAGUCGUCUGAAGGAAGCUGUGCAGCUCUUGGAGGAUUACAAGCAUGGGACUUUACCCCCAGGAGUCACCAACAAAGAGCUGUGGGGAGCUCAAAAAAUAAAGCAGGCCAUCAUCCACCCUGACACAAAUGAGACCAUCUUCAUGCCUUUCCGGAUGUCAGGUUACAUUCCCUUUGGAACACCCAUCGUCGUUGGUCUUCUCUUGCCCAACCAGACGCUGGCAUCCACCGUGUUUUGGCAGUGGUUGAAUCAGAGCCACAAUGCCUGCGUCAACUAUGCAAACCGCAACGCGACAAAGCCUUCUCCGACAUCCAAGUUCAUCCAGGGCUACUUGGGAGCUGUCAUAAGUGCUGUCUCAAUAGCAGUGGGCCUUAAUGUUCUGGUUCAGAGAGCAAACAAGUUUACCCCCGCCACUCGUCUCUUGAUCCAGAGGUUUGUGCCAUUCCCUGCUGUCGCUAGUGCCAAUAUCUGCAAUGUUGUCCUGAUGAGGCACACGGAGCUGGAAGAAGGAAUUGAUGUUUUGGACAAUAACGGAAACAUUGUCGGGUCUUCCAGAAUUGCUGCAAAACAUGCACUGCUAGAAACGGCCCUGACUAGAGUGGUCCUGCCAAUGCCUAUACUGGUUCUACCUCCAAUUAUUAUGUCCAUACUGGAAAAAACAUCCCUCCUGAGGUCUCGUCCCCGGAUGAUUCUCCCAGUCCAAAGCCUUGUGUGCCUCGCGGCCUUUGGCCUGGCCCUCCCCUUGGCCAUCAGCCUCUUCCCGCAGAUGUCCGAGAUUGAGACAUCUCGGCUGGAGCCAGAAAUCGCAAUGGCCACUACCAGUAAGACUGUAGUCUACAAUAAAGGAUUCCAGCAAACGCAACGCUGCCCAAAGCCUUGUGCUGGUGCAGAGGAGGACCCAAAGCAGAAACUGGUGGGCAGGACAGCUUCACCUGGCAGCUGUGCCGAGCUGAUGUCUUCAUGAGACUGCAGCCUCAGAGCGGGGCAGUGCCCUCUGGAGAUGGCCGGCUGGCUGCCUCUUCAACUACUCCACUUUGGGGUGCUUAAAGUGAGGUGGGGCAAGAACCCCAGCACUGCACCGAAUCCUGCUCUCACAUGGGUUUGGGGCCGUAACUUGGCUUUCUGGUAUCUUGUACCCAAGAGUAAGCCCCAGGUGAGUCCCUGAGGACCAGAGGAGUUAAUGCAGAUUUUGAACAUAGUCACCAGCAGAUGACCACGCCGAUAGCGAGAUCCACCUCUGGGAUCGUUGUAGGGAUGGAGCCGUGGUGGUGGUGAUGGCCACAACCGAAUGUGCAGGCUGUCACCCUUCAAGUGCCAAUUUGUUGAGGGUUUUGGGGAGGGUGGGGGGAAUGGAAACCAAAUCGCCACUGACACAGAAUGUAUUUGAAGGAUUUAUUGCAAUGCCUGAAAUCAGGAGGCCUGAGCCCCGCCGUGUGCUCCUUCACCGUUGGCUGCUCUCGCUCCCCACUGGAGUCAGACCAAUAGGAACUGGAAUCGCGCGACGGUCGGGCCAGCUCAGGCAGACUGAUUCUGUCCCCCACGCUGGUGUAAAUCAGAAGUAAUUGCACGACACAAAUAAUUUUUGUGAAUUUACAUGCCAGCAUGCAGGGGAGGAGAGGCCAGCUCUGGGCUCUCCAUAGCUGCUGUUGAUGGGCCAACUCCCAGUCCCCAACACUGGUGGAAGUGCAGAGUGGGUCCAGUUACACUCAUGGAACUAUUCUGGAUUUACACCAGGGUAAGAGGCUGCUGGAUUUGACCCAGUAGAAUUCCUCUAAUGCACUAGAUGAGAUGAAUGUACGCUCCAGAGGAAGCGAGGCCACCCCAUCCGCUCGGGGCGGGGUGGUUUGAGAGGCUGCAGGGAGGUGGCAUCUGUCCUGUGGACAUUUUCAUGGGCUUCUGUCCUGUGGGCAGCACAGACUCAGGCCCCAUAUUUUGCCCUGGGAGCGAGUAACUCCCCACAGCAGUGAAAGAUGGGGGGGCAGCCCUCUCUCCAGCCCCAGGAAGGGGAGUGGGGAUGCUGGCAAUCCCCCAACAGCCGCCUGCUGAUGGCAAGCGCAGCGGCCAGGCGAGCCGUCGGGGAUGAGCCGUGGGCCUGAAAAGGGCCGUUCCCACUGCCGUGGGGUGUGGGAGGAGGCGCGGGCUGCUGUCGGGUACUGGGGGUCCGGGUACCCCCUUGCACACUCAUCCACCUCUGCGUGCUGCAGGGAGAAAGCUCCUCUGAGCCUAAAACUUCACUUUCCGGCUCUGCCGAGCCUGCAGAAGUUCGGAGCCAAGCCGCAUCGUGUGUUGCACGGAGGCACAACUUGCCUUCUUCUUCCUCCUGAAUGGAAAUGCGAGGCUGAGACAGAAACAGCCUCUUGUGUUGACAGUGAGAAGCCUCCUGGCUCUGGCGUCUGUCUGGGUGGAUCAUUUCCCCUUCCCUGGUGGGUUUUGUCGCUGCCUGAACCAUUCUGCUGCAAAGCUUGUUCAUCCCAGGCUUUUUUU